AUGGCGAGCAGUAAACGGGUCUUCGAGGGAACUUCUGGCAUUGAUGCCAAGAACACUAUUUGUGAAUUCACUGGUGAUAUUCUUCGUUCACCCGUAUCGGAGGAUAUGCUUGGUCGUAUUUUCAACGGCUCCGGAAAACCUAUUGACAAGGGACCACCUGUGCUUGCGGAGGACUUCCUCGACAUCAACGGUCAGCCCAUCAAUCCGUGGUCGCGUAUUUAUCCUGAGGAAAUGAUACAGACUGGAAUCUCUGCUAUCGAUGUAAUGAACUCAAUUGCCCGUGGACAGAAAUCUAUUUUCUCCCGCCGUGGUCUGCAGCCUCAUAUACGAAAUUCGCUGCACAGAUGUCGUGCGCAAGGGAGGUUGCUGUGUUUGUUUUAUCCAAAUGAGUUCAGGAAUUUAUGUCAUUCCCUCUUAGGUUUGGUACAGCUCCCUGAACGCAAACAUGAUGCUUCGGAUUCCAACUUCGCUAUUGUCUUCGCUGCUAUGGGAGUUAACAUGGAAACUGCUCGUUUCUUCAAGCAAGAUUUCGAAGAAAAUGGAUCAAUGGAGAAUGUGUGCUUGUUCUUGAAUUUGGCUAACGAUCCAACUAUCGAACGUAUUAUCACUCCACGUCUCGCCUUAACGGCUGCCGAGUUCUUCGCUUACCAGUGUGAAAAGCACGUGCUUGUGGUACUCACCGACAUGUCUUCCUACGCUGAAGCACUUCGUGAGGUAUCUGCUGCUCGUGAGGAAGUGCCCGGACGUCGUGGUUUCCCAGGUUAUAUGUACACUGAUUUGGCUACAAUUUACGAGCGUGCAGGUCGUGUUGAGGGACGUGAUGGCUCUAUCACCCAAAUUCCUAUCCUGACUAUGCCAAACGAUGAUAUUACUCACCCUAUUCCUGAUCUUACUGGUUACAUUACUGAGGGCCAAAUUUACGUCGAUCGUCAGCUGCAUAACAGACAGAUUUACCCGCCGAUCAACGUACUGCCUUCACUUUCUCGUUUGAUGAAAUCUGCUAUUGGUGAGGGUAUGACUCGCGAAGACCACUCCGAUGUAUCCAAUCAGUUGUACGCCUGUUAUGCCAUUGGAAAGGACGUGCAAGCAAUGAAGGCUGUAGUAGGAGAAGAAGCUUUAUCUUCAGAUGAUCUUUUAUACCUUGAAUUCCUGGUUAAGUUCGAAAAGAACUUUAUCACUCAAGGAAACUAUGAGAACCGAACCGUUUUCGAGUCGCUUGAUAUCGGAUGGCAACUUCUCCGUAUCUUCCCUAGGGAAAUGUUGAAACGAAUUCCAGAAAGCACCCUUGAAAAGUAUUACCCAAGAGGAGGAGCGAAGACGGAAUGA